AAGCGCAGUAUGGUUCUUUCUACACAAUAAAAAAAUUUAUACAAUUGAUAAGUUUUUUGUUAAUUGGUUUAUAAAUUUUGAAUAAGUUAACGGGGACAAUGAAGACUGAAAACCAUGUUGAAGAAAGUACAGAUGAGGUCACUAAAAAAUUUUCCAACAGGACUAAAUGUAAAAUUUGGGUAUCCCUGGGGACUUAUUACUUCAUAAUUUCAGGGGUAGCUUUGAUUGUCUACUUGCCCCGGAUAAUAUCUGAUUACGAAAAAAAUUAUCCUAAAUAUGGUAUACUAAUAGGUAUUCAUAUGUCUUUUUCUGUAAAGUUGAUACCACUUGUUCUAUGUCCCACUACAAAAGACUGGAAAUAUCGAUGUAAAAUUUUCUCUCUACUCUGGCUAAAAGACUGGAUAACCAUAACUGCAAUGUUAUUGAUAACUUUGUACACAUGGUUCUACAUGACUAAAGAGGAUUUUAUAAUGAUACGUGGACUGAAAUGCCCAUUACAAAAGUUAAUAUUUACCAUAGCAUUUAGUUUUUUUUGGGCAACUGCUUGGAUUGAAUUCAUACUUUGGUCGAGUCUUGGAUCCAAAAUAAUCCAGAAUGCAAUAAUCUUUUUAAUGUCCAUCAUUCCUGAUAAUUCUUCGAUAUGUACGCAGUGUUCAGCUAAGAAUUCAACUUGUUCGAAUGAAGUCAAAGAACUCGUCAUUUUACCAGUUAUUUGAAAUCCCCGCGAGGUGAAGCUGAGAUUUCAACUUCUGCGAUUAAAAACAACAAAAUAAAAAGUGAACCUACUUUAUUUGAUCAUUACUAUUUUUAUAUUAGAUCCCUGCUAGAUAAGCUACUUAAAUCAAUAUUUAUAUAAAAA